CGAGGCCACGGUGCGCACGCAGCCGUCUCCUACUUCUCCUCCUCCCCCUCGCUCUCCUUCCCCGCUAGCGCUGUUCUCUUCCUCCUCCCUGUCACUGUUCGGCGGGUCUCCUUCCGGCCGGAGAUUGGUGCAGAUCGGCCCCGGCGCAGCCAGGCAGCCCUCGAGAUGUCCUACGGGCCCCUAGGCAUGUACCGGGCGGCGGGGCCCUCGGGCUCACAGGGCCCCCAGCCCCGGGACUUUGACAGCAUCUUCAAUAUUUGCUGCGGCCACAUCCAGAAGAUCAGCUACGCCACUGCUCAAAUCAAGAAUUUGAUGAGCCAACUGGGAACUAAGCAAGAUUGCAGCAAACUUCAGGAAAAUCUACAACAACUGCAACAUUCUACAAAUCAGCUCGCCAAGGAGACAAAUGAAUGUCUGAAAGAGCUGGGAUCAUUGCCACUCCCACUGUCUACUUCAGAACAGCGCCUGCAGAAACUUCAAAAGGAACGUUUGAUGAAUGACUUCUCUGUAGCCUUAAACAACUUUCAGGCUGUUCAGAGAAAAGUGUCUGAGAAGGAGAAGGAGACUGUUGCUCGAGCAAGGGCGGGAUCCCGCCUCUCUGCGGAGGAGAGACAGAGAGAGGAGCAGCUUGUCUCAUUUGACAGCAAUGAAGAGUGGAAUCAGAUGCAGUCACAGGACGAUGAGUUGGCCAUUACGGAGCAAGACCUUGAACUUAUUAAGGAGCGAGAAACUGCAAUCAGGCAGCUGGAGGCUGACAUUUUGGACGUCAAUCAAAUAUUUAAAGAUUUGGCCAUGAUGAUCCAUGAUCAGGGAGAUUUGAUUGAUAGCAUAGAAGCCAAUGUGGAGAGCUCUGAGGUACAUGUUGAAAGAGCCACAGACCAGCUGCAGAGAGCUGCAUACUAUCAGAAAAAAUCCAGGAAGAAGAUCUGCAUCCUGGUGCUUGUGCUUGCAGUGGCUAUAGGAAUCAUGAUAUUUGCUAUCAUCUGGUUAUCCAGAAAGUGACCGAUUCCCUCAGAGUCCGCUCCUGCUGAACAGCUUCCAAGCAAGAGUGUAUCGGUGUCUCCAGAGCAAACCGGUCCCUUCAAGAGAGCAUCCCCCAGCUCCCUGUUAGUAAUCUAGGUAGAAACUAACCACUGGUGACUAGGACUUGGGAUUGGUGAACCAUGGAGAUGGUGUUUAUCAGUUUAUGUACAAAUUGUAUCAGUUUUGCAAAUUAGGAAUUAACUUAUGUGGGUUUUUGCUUUCUUUCGUAUUCUGAUUGCUCUCUGUCCCAAAUGUCCGCUGAUGAGUGAGUCCAUGGAGAUUCCGUUCUUGAAGUUCUUGUUUGACAGGUAACACACUACAUUCUUGUGCUAUUGUCUUUUAUGUGUGUGCCAGAAGGGCCUUUUUACCAGCAACCGGAACAGAAGGAUUUUCUGGCACCCAGUGUAAUGGAGGCCAUCAAGAACCUUUGAUAAGCCAGCAAUUUUUCUUACUUGCCAUUUUGAUUUGGAAUUUCCAAGAAAAAUAUUCUCCAUCUGCUUUGGAAGAUUUCAGCUCUGUGUUUUUAGCUGAAAGUGUGAACUGGCCAGUCUUAAUUAAUGGUACACCUCCCUUUUGACUUCAUAUUUCAUCCUUCAGUUUUCUGCUGAAGUCACUCUGUGGUGACCGUGGAUCAUUACCCACCUCACCCCAUUUGGAUUGUGUUCAGACAGCACUUUUUUUGGUUUUCAAAUGAACUUAACCAAUGUAUUUAUUAGUACUUCCUGGGGCCCUUCUCUCAUCUAUAGAGAAAGGAUGAUUGAACAAAUCACUCCUAUUUAAAAGUGGCAUUCUUAUAAAAAGCUAAAUGGGAGCAAACAAUUUGCAGUGACUUAAAUUUACUUUUAUUUAGUUUGUGACUCUUCAUUCCUGGUGAAUGAUGAUUGUUGCUGUCACAAAGUUGAAUGUUCCUCUAACCUUUUCCUUCUCUCUCCCUCCCCCUCAAAAGUUGCUGGGUGAUGAAUGGAAGAGAGAUUUUUAAAACUAGUCAGAAGUUUUCUUUAAUAACUUAUCCUAUGAACCUAAGGCUAGAGCAGGUAAAGGGUUCAUUUUGUAAAUAAUGCUGGUUUGGAAUAGUAAUGCUAACCCUUGAAACUAAUUUAUGAACAGGAGACUCAGCUCUCUGAAUAUAGUUUAGACUGAUUGAAAAUGUUAGAAAUAAACCUGUCCUUGUGUCACAUGCAGACGUGGCCUCCUUCCCCCAUGUGUCGGCCUGGAGUGAAUGGAGUGAGCUCAGCCUUUCUAGCUCUGACUUAAAUGUGAACCAAGCCACCUGAUAAUGAGCUAGCUGGUGCGUGGCCAGUACAAGCGUAUAGACAUCCUCCACCCUCCUUCAACCUCCCUUGGUGUUUGUUUGAUCCUCUUUGACCCAUCCAACUGUGAAAAUUAGGAAAAACAAGGCCCCAGAAUUGCACACAUUUCUUUGCACUAUCGCACCACCAUUCCAUCCAAUUAAUAUCAAUAAACAUUUUUAAAAGUUUUUUGA